AUGCAGCAAUACCAGACCGAUUUCCUUAACCUCGCCCUUGAGAGUCAAGCCCUCAAGUUUGGCUCGUUCACCCUCAAGUCGGGGAGACAGUCGCCGUACUUCUUCAACUUGGGACUCUUCAACACCGGCAAGUUGUUGAGUACGUUGGCGACGUCGUACGCCGAGGCCAUCAUCAACCUGGGCAUCGAGUUCGACAUCAUUUUCGGUCCUGCCUACAAGGGGAUCCCUCUCUGUGCCAUCACUGCCGCCAAGUUGGCGGAGUUGUCGCCGGAAAAGUACGGGUCGGUCGGUUACUCGUUCAACCGCAAGGAGAAGAAGGACCACGGCGAGGGCGGGUCGAUUGUCGGGUGUGCGCUCAAGGGCAAGAAGAUCUUGAUUAUCGACGACGUGAUGACGGCGGGGACGGCGAUCAAGGAGGCGUUUGAGAUCAUUGGCGCCGAAGGCGGCGACGCCGUCGGGUGCAUCAUCGCUCUCGACCGUCAAGAAACCACCAAGGACUCGCCGUUCUCGGCGACGCAGGCGGUGGCCAAGGACUACGGCAUCCCCGUGGUGUCGAUUGUGUCGUUGACCGACAUCAUUACCCAUUUGACGGGCAAGAUCUCCGCCGAAGAGUUGGCGAGCAUCGAGGAGUACCGCAAGACCUACGCUCCCAAGCAGUAA